AUGCCCCGCACAGGUGUCGUCGAUGCUGGCUUGGAGCGAAUUGGGAACCUGGCGACCGGCAAGGACUUUCACAAUGCCGCUCGGAAUCUACAUAAUUACCUACAUUCGACUGGGAAAACAUUUCCGGUGUGCAUCUCGUCUACAAGACUUACAAUCCGCCGGCCAAACAGGGGUGGUGGUGAGUUUUCAACAAACUACCCCCUGAUCUAUCUCUCGAGUUGGAUGCGAUCUAUCUUAGAAUUGGGGGGAGAAUUUCUCCUGGGAGGCUGGAACACAGAGCAGCCCGAAGCUUACACUGCGAUGUUUGCUCGUUUCUGGGAACGCUAUGAAGCUGUGAACCCAGAGCACCCGCUCUUCUUCGCGAAAACCUGGGAACAGAGGAGGCAUUGCAUCCCCGUUGCCGUUCAUGGUGACGAGGGGAGAGGGCUAGGAAAGCAUCCAGUGUUAGUGGAAAGCUAUCAGCCUCUUUUGCCGUGGAGUGGAGAAGACAAGCUGAACAUGGUUGGGCAUUCCUAUACAACUAGGCUACUGGCCUGCAUUUUGCCUUCACAGUGUUACGCAAAGCACGACAAAUCGGUGGAUGGCCUGCACAAAGCCAUCAGCAAGGAUCUGACAACCUUGUUCGAACGAGGAAUUACCGUCGUGAACCAGCAGGCGAAGACGUUCUACGCGGCGGUGGUCGGGGCCAAAGGGUAUGCCACCUCUGUCCGGGAGACGUUGCCUAGACUGAUCGAUAGAAUGGUGGAACGUCGGACCGACAAGCCAGUUGCGAACAUGGACAAGCCCAAUCCCAGCAUGGAGAAGCCUGAGAUGAUACAACCCGACUUGAUGCAUUGUUACAAUCUUGGCUUCGGAAAGGACUUAGCGGCAUCUGGUGUUAUCGUGGUGACUGAGGCAGGGUUCUUCGGUGCAGACAACAUUUCACAACAACUCGACGAGGCUUUUGCUGGCUUCAUGUCAUGGUGUGCACAACAUGGUCAUACCAGCACCAUCAAAGAGUUCGACCUCAAGAAAACUUUCAAGAUGACUUC